AUGAAUAGGGUAUUUUCCUUGCAGCAGCAGCGCGCGGAGCGGCGCGGCGCGGCGCGCUCGGUGCCCGGUUGGUCGCCGUGGUCGGACUGGAGCCCCUGCUCGCGCUCCUGCGACGGCGGCGCCGCCUUCCAGCUGCGGCGCUGCGAGGCGCCCUCGGGCUGCCGCGGCGACGACAUCCGCCACAAGAUCUGCAACAUGCAGCCGUGCCCGGAGUCGGGCGACUUCCGCCUGCAGCAGUGCGCCGCGUUCAACGAGCUGCCGUACGAGGGCCAGCUGCUGGCGUGGACGCCGCACCACGAAGAGAGCGAGCCGUGCGCGCUCACGUGCCGCGGGCGGCCGCGCGGCGAGCUGCCCCGCGUGCGCACGCUGCCCCUGGCCGCCGCGCCCCCGCACAUGGCCGCCGACGCCCCCGCGCCCGCCCCCGCGCCCCUGGGCGUGGUGGACGCGCCCGGCGCCGUCCCCGACCCGGGCCUGCCGCUGCCCGCGCCCCUCGACGCCGACGGCGACGCC